AUGACGGCCACCCUCGACAACCCUGGCGACAAAGUCACAGCACCAUGCAAGCUCGCUCAUGUCGUCUUGCGUACCAGCAACUUCAACAAGAUGCGAGAUUUCUACUUGAAGUUCCUCGGAGCCACAGUCUCUUUCGAGAAUGAGCUCAUGGCUCUGUUGACCUACGACGACGAGCAUCAUCGUCUCGGCAUCAUCAACAUACCUGAUCUCGCAGCCAAGAACCCGGGGACAUGCGGACUCGAGCAUAUCGCCUUCACCUACAGUGAUCUCCAGACUUUGGCAUUGGUCUACUUGCAGCGUCAAAAGCAUGGGAUCGAGCGUUUCUGGUGUAUCAAUCAUGGGCCGUCGAUAAGUGUGUAUACUCAUGAUCCAGAUGGGAAUAUCCUCGAAUCCCAGGUCGAUUGCAUGACUGUAGAAGGAGCCACGGGUUUCAUGACCUCGGAUGUGUAUCAAACGAAUCCCAUCGGUGUCGACUUUGAGAUGAAGGAUCUGAUCAACAGGCUGAAGAGUGGCGAGUCAGAAGACGAGAUCAAGAAGAGGCCAACGAGUGGGCCUCGUGGUAUUGAUUCGGUUCCCGCUUGA